AUGCCCAACAAUCAACUCCUCACGGAUGAUUACGUGGCCGGUCUCCUGGCGCAGGAUGCCAGGGACUGCUCUUUAAAAUACUCGGCCAUGGGAAUGGAAGCCUUCCGUGACAGAAAAAAGCCUUCCAACAUGCCCAAGCCGAAUACGCGAUUCCUGCGCCACAUCAUUAGGGACACACACACACACAACAAGGCCCUGGUCGCAAAGGAAGCCGCCGAGUCGAGGGCGAGAUUGGAAGACUUUGAGUAUGCCGAGGAAGUGAAGCGGGAGAGGACAAAGCCCGACGCGAUGAACGUACGGAGGCGUCAAAUGGGCGACAUCCAGGCUAUUCUCGGCGGAAAGACUCGGCGGCGUGAAAACGGCGGCGGAUCGGACAGAUCAACUCGCCGUGACAGAUGUGAGAGCAGGGAUCGCUACGAAAAGAACAGCGGGACGAGAAGAAGUGGUUCAGUCAGACUCGGUGACGACAAGCAACCCCAUCGAGGGCCCUCGUUGCGCGACCACGCCGAUUGCGAUGCCGAAUCUACGAGGGACGAUGGGGGAACAUAUCGACGCAGCAAACACCACGCAUCGUCUGGUGAGGAGGACAGUCGACACAGACAUGGGAGAUCACGAAGAGACGGUAGAUCGAGGUCACCGAGGCGGCAUCAAUCGUCCUGUUCACCCGACAGUCGAAAACGCAGUCACAGGCAACGCUUACAUGAUGGAUCAAGGCCAAGGGACUCUUCGCAUGCGCGGAGGAGGAAGAAGCCAAGCCCGCCGCCGGCGUUGGAUCAGGAUUCAGACCCAUUAGAAGACUUGAUAGGACCGCCGCCGCCUCCAAAAUUCCGCGGUCGGGGGACAAUAGGUGGUGCGGCAGAACUGGAUCGUCGCUUUUCGGCGUCGUACGACCCAAGAUUAGACGUGCAGAUUGAUGAGGAUGAAGAAGACACCUGGGGUGAUAUAUUAGAGUCGUUUAGGGAUCGGCAGAAACUCAAAUUGCACCAAGACCAGAGGCUGAAGGACGCCGGCUUCACAGAGGAGGAAAUCCAGCGGGCCAAGGGGACUGCCACGAAUAAGACGGGCGAGCAGGUGGUUUGGUCAAAGGCCGGGGAAAAGCGGGAAUGGGACAAGGGCAAGGACUUUGGGCUCGAUGGUGCUGAGGACGACAGGCAUCCCCCGACUCUGUUCUCAGAGGACUACUAG